CGAGCUUUAUCAUCUCUUCUCUCACGCUCUUCUUCAAAAAUCCGAUUUUUAUCUCGAAGAUAUGAAGUUUUAGGUCUUCGAUUCGAUCUCAUCUUCUCCGACGAGUUCUCCGAUGUCGUCUUCAUCGUCGGUGGAGGUGGAAGGGACGGCGUAUUGGUGCUAUCGCUGCAGCCGCUUCGUCCGCGUCCUCAACGACGACGCCAUCGUUUGCCCUAAUUGCGAUGGUGGAUUCCUUGAAGAAUCCCAAACUCCUUCACCGCUCCGCCACCCCCGCUCGCGCCGUGGCGCCGCCGGUGGUGAACGGUCGGUCUUCAACCCUGUCAUUGUCCUCCGCGGGCCUUCCGAUGGGGAAACCCUUCGUGACCGCACUCCGUCGUCUCGUAGCUUCGAGCUCUACUAUGACGACGGCGCCGGUGCUGGCCUUCGUCCUCUUCCUCCCAGCGUCUCCGAUUUUUUGAUGGGAUCUGGAUUCGAUCGGCUUCUGGAGCAGCUCUCCCAAAUCGAGCUCGCCGGUGGUGGCUGGAGGGAUUUUUCCCAUCCGCCGGCAUCGAAGGCUGCAAUCGAGUCGAUGCCGACCGUCGAGAUCGCCGACGCCCACAUCGGUGUCGAUUCCCACUGCGCCGUCUGCAAGGAAGCGUUUGAGCUUGGGGCUGAGGCAAGAGAGAUGCCCUGCAAGCACAUCUACCACCAAGAUUGCAUCUUGCCGUGGCUCUCGAUUCGAAACUCUUGUCCUGUUUGCCGGCACGAGAUGCCCGCCGAUAUGAGACAAGGGGCGGCGCCGGAGUUGGACGAGGCUGUGGGAUUAACAAUUUGGAGGCUCCCUGGUGGUGGUUUCGCCGUCGGGAGGUUUUCUGGUUCUCAGCGAGCCGGAGAGAGGGAGCUCCCCGUCGUUUACACCGAGGUGGACGGUGGAUUCAGUGGAGGCGGAGCUCCGAGGAGGGUCUUGUGGACGGCGAGAGCGAGCCGGUCUAGAGAGCGUGGAGUGUUUGGUCGGGCUCUCCGACGUGUCUUCUUUUUUUUCCGGCAUCUUGGAUUUUCAUCUUCUAGAAGGAUUCAUAGAAGCCAUAGUAGUGCUUGGAGAGAAGAAGAUGAAUCAUAAUACCUUCAUCUUUUUCCUUUUCCUCUUAUAACUUGGAGCUCAUUCACUGGCAUUAAAUUUGAAGGUAUUAGUUCUUCUUCUCAUCUCUUAUUUGAAUGGAGGAAAAAAGCUGCUUCUUUGAUGUUGCAAUCCCACAAUGCAUGUUUAUCAAGAAGAAGAAAUCCUUGGUGUAGAUAGAGAAGCUAUUGUCUUGUAUCAAGGCUUACUUCCAGAGAUAAUGAAAUCGGAUAUCUGUUUAAUA